AUGCCUAUAAAUCCUAUAAUUAGACGUAUGAAGGGUUUGCCCUCCGAUCUCUUGGCAGCUGAGGGGCUCAUGUAUCAGGAUUGGCAUGCCAUAACUUCUUGUCAACGAGCUUGUACCACACGGCUUGGCAUUGCCAUCCAACGAGAACAAGAAUCAUACAUGACAAAACACCCAGAGAUUUUAGCAUUGCUCAAAAUAUUCAUAGCCAAAAUGACACAAAGAGGAAAAAGGAAGGAUUUUCAAAAGGAUGCUGCAUUGAAUUUUACAAGACCCUUUGCGGAGUUAGAUGAAGAGCUCAGAACAUUUCUUGAGUCGCCGGAAGACGGACCUUACGUUAACAUGGAAGAUAGAGAGUUCUACGAAUUUGAUGACGAAGACUUCCAAAGCGAUCUGAAGAAAAUCCUCUGUCAAUAUUAUCCACCAACACCUUGGGACGUCCGCACUCCUCCCAGGAGUCCCGCACCCACACCAUCGUCCUCCUUCAUUUCGAUACAAACCUCAGAAAUUACUCUUCCAACACCAGAGCCCGUGCCGACUCCCGAGCCGACCACUUCUCAAAUAUUUUACCGAAUGGUCUCCAACGCUGUCGAUAAAGCAGUUUAUACGCAAGUUAACGAGGAAGCUAUACUCUAUGACACAGCCUAUGUGGAACUAAUGAAAGCAGUAGAAGAAGCUAUGGAGAUACCUGUGAGGGAUAUACGCAUCGACAUCGCAGAACUAUUCCGUGAAGCUUACCAUAUGUUUGAAAUUAACAUCAUUGAAAAAGAGAAAUUCGCUGCUGCAAUCGCUUGGGAAAAGCGAAUGAGGAAGAAAUUAAAGAAGUCACUCAGGCGACAAAAAAAUUUUAAAGGAUAUGAAACGCCAUCAACACCAAAAAGCAAAAUAUCGUCACACGAGAGCUAUAAGAGGCCUCCCCCGAGGCCUUGCGAGUGUCAAUCAUUGGCCAACUACAAUCGAUAUGGAAAGGACCGUUUCGGCAUCUACCUGCCGCGGGAAGAACAAUUUAGCACAAAGAAUAUAACUACUACACCUGCUUGUUCUUAUGCAACAGUCGAUGGAGUUUCUUCUGGCGUAGAUAUCGACAUCAAAUCAGCAAGCAAGAAAAGUGUGCCCCGCUCUAUUGCUUCAAAUAAAAGUAUCAAUAAGCGAGCCAAAACGCCCACGUCUGAUGAUGAAACGAAAGUGCUCGACACAGAGAAUGAAGAUGGCAAGACAGAUAAGACACCAACAGUUUCAGAAACGGCGGAUACUAUCUAA